ACUCGCAUUCAUAAAUUUUGGGUUCUCAAUUCUCACUUUUGCGUUUGCUCGCUUCUCGACCGCCUGUCGCGGAAUUUGCUAUCCACAUUGUGAAAUCAGAAUUCCAUCCCAUAAUUGAAUUGUUUUCUCCAGUGCAUCACUGUGCAUAUAUCAUGGCCGAUGGAGUCGGUAUCGAUCUGGGAACGACGCAUUGUUGUCUGUUUGUCUACAAAUAUGGCCGCAGUCCGCAGGUGAUAAAGAACACAGCCGGCGACACCACCACGCCGUCAUGGGUCCGCUUGGAGAGUGACGGGAUGGAAGUAGGAAAAAAUGCAAAGCGCCAGAGCCCGGACAACAGCCGCAACACCAUUUGCAAUGCGAAGCGCAUCAUUGGACGCAGUUUCGAUGAUCCCGCUGUGGCUGCGGAGCGCCGUUCGAUGCCAUUUGCAAUCGUUGAUAACAACGGAUCCGCGGCGAUACGGGUGGAACAGUGUAGCGAUAACGGCGAAGUCAUUUGGACCAAGGUUAUCCGUCCGGAGCAGAUCAGCGCCACGAUGCUGACGUAUUUAAAGGAGAUGGCAGAAGGGUUUCUGGGCAGCAAAGUGACCGCAGCGGUGGUGACGAUUCCGGCUAAUUUUAUGGAGACCCAACGCGCCGCCACGCUGUCCGCCGCCCGCUUGGCCGGCUUCACGGAGGUCAGUCUGCUGAACGAGCCGACCGCCGCCGCCAUCGCUUACGGCGGCGUCGUGGAGAAGCAGUGCUCGAUUCUGGUGUUCGAUUUCGGCGGCGGCACACUGGAUGUCAGUAUUAUGAAGGUAGAGGGCCGCAACGAAUACCGCGUCUUGAGCACCGACGGCAACAUGUACUUGGGCGGAGAGAACUUCGACAGUGAGAUCGUUCAGCACUUCCUGGACGACAUUCGCCGCCGUCACAUGAUCGAGCUGGCAGCUGAUAGCAAAGCCCUGGCGAAACUGAAGCUGACCGCCGAGAAGGCCAAGAUCGCUCUGUCCAGUACGUACUCCGGUACAUUUCGGGAAACCCUGCACAAACUGCACGGGAACUUUGAUUACAACGCGACGCUGACCAAAGCGACCUUUAGUGGUAUGUUCACCGAUCUGCUCGCGAAGAUCCUGGUCCCCGUGGAAAACGCCCUGGAAGCCGCUAAUCUGUGUCCGGGAGAUAUCGACAAGGUCAUUUUGGUGGGCGGCAGUAGCCGGCUGCCGGUGGUGAAGGACACCCUGCAGGCGUUUUUCGGCCGGGACGGGGUGGUGUGCGCGGAUGCCGACCCGGAUGAGGCGAUCGCCCGCGGCGCCGCCAUCCAGUCCUACCGGAUUAACAACCGACAGGCCACCAAUGUCCAGGAAGUCACCGCCUACCACUACGGACUGGAGGUGGUCGAUGAUUUGCUAAUGGGCACUACGCGUAUCAGCGACCUGAUUCCCAGAGGAAAAACGUACCCUUCAAGUAUCACGAAAGUUUUUGUCACGGCUUACGAUUAUCAAGAUAGCGUGGGUUUCAACAUUUACCAGAGUAAACGUGGGUUCAGUCUGGACAAAUUUCGCAUUGGCCGAUUUGUCAUUUCCGAUUUGCCCGGGCGGAUGGCGAGAGAAUGCGCGUUUGAUGUCACCUACAGCAUCGAUCGGAAUAACAUUCUGCAUGCGACGGCACAAGGCCAAGAUGAUAUUGCCGACUACCAGCAGAAUAUCGACAUCCUCCUGGAUAAUGUCGUUUGAUGGUUGCGAAGCGCGCAGUCCAGUUGAAUUAGCCGGUGUUUUGGCAUAAUUUUUUGCUGCACGGGAAGUGAACACUGUACAGGUAGUCGUGUUAUGAAUUUCAUACUUUCUGGCUUUUGGUUUUUUAGUCAUGUGUGAUAAAUUUUAUACUUUCUGACUUUUGGUUUUUAGUCUUGUCGUCUUUCCCAUACGUUCUUGGUUUCAAAAUUUUACGUUAACAUAAUUAUUUGCCGAUGACUGGCUGAUGUAUAAAUAAUUAUAUUGUAUCUGUUUAAAACAAUGGAACGCAGGGAUGUACUGUAACUGCAGAAAAGUAAUAAAUUAUUGGUUUUUA